AUGGACGCAUCUCGACUGGUGACGCUAUAUCUGGGCCUGCUGCUUGUUUUCUUUGGGAAUAUACCGUGUUUCCAGUCUGCUGCUAUCAUCUCCCCCUCUGCGCCAAGGAGAAACAGAGGAGCCAGGAUCUCUCAUCAGGACGGACAAAGGUCAUCGAAAUUCCUAAAAGACAUCUUCACAUCUUCGCAUCCCAUCGUGGGCCACCACAAAGAAGACCUAAAGGACGCUAUUGUGCCACACGAAUACAUGCUCUCCAUAUACAGGACUUACUCGGCUGCAGAGAAGCUCGGACUAAACGCAAGCUUUUUCCGCUCCUCUAAAUCUGCCAACACCAUAACAAGUUUUGUGGACAGAGGAACAGGUUGGUUUCAGUCUGCUGCCAGCUCCAUCAGCUCAGUAUUGCAUAAUUCUGUGGCACAGUUUGUCCUCAGCUGACAUGUCUGAUAUUCUCUUCUUGUUUAGGUUUUAAAAAAAAGUUGCUCAAAACUUUAGGAAUGCAAGAAACAUGGAGGGAAAAGAUCAUGGCAGCAACUUUUACGCACGCGUUAAAGCAUGCAAAAUUGUGUGCCAUUGGAGUUUUACGCACAAAAUUAGCUUAUCUAUAAAUUACAAGAUCAUGUGUUAAACUAAGGUCGUGCAAGCUCAAGUAUUACAUGUUGAUUACGAACCGAUCUGUGAUCGCACAGCUGCCGAAACAUGUAACUUUUUCCCGAGUAUGAAGUUAUAUUACACUUAAAUUAACCCCCGGGUGACACGACAGUAAAACACUAAUUAAGGCGCUCUCUAAAUGAAGGUUGUAAAUCUCUGUCAGUGCAGGCUGCGUAAAUCUACUCUGCUUCCAACCACGUGAAUACUCAGGGAACUUUUCCAUAUACCACUUCACUCAGCUGUUCUUUCAUUCUCGGUUUUUCUUUUUUUUUCCCAUUUAUCCCCAUUCUUAAACUCUCAGCACAAGAUGGGUUUUAAAAAUGCAAACCUGGAAUUGUUUUAAAAGUUAAAACUCUUGCAGUUUCGGAGUCCAGUUUGGCCCACUUAUGUGAACAAAAGUGAGCUGGGGGCCGUGGCAGAGCGGCUCGGUGUGAGAAGCAGGUGUUUGGGUCAGUUAACUUGUGUAACCAAGUGAUUUGACCAGGCCGCAAGGACAAACACAAUCUGAUAAAUACAAACACAUUUCACACACACAGGGGGGACAUAAGCCGAGUUAAUCUUUGCUGGGGAAAUAAAAGCUAUCUUUGUUUGCGUCCCCUCCUGUCUCAAACACUUGGAGCUUCAGAAAAGUAUCCAUCAUUACGAGAUACGUGGAGCAGAGUCGGCUGCUUAAAUCACAUUAUCUAUAUGGGGUGAAAUUUCAUGGUGUGCAAUUUUCCCAGUGCAAACCAGCUUGAUUUUAAAGACCCAAGUUCAAUGAAAAUAUCUUAAUAUCAAGUUUAAGGGAAACUAACUUAUCUUUAAAUUUACUGCAUUGAAAGUUAGUGCCAAGAUUUCAAGCACAGUUGCUGGUUUCCAAACUAAAAAGAGAAGGCUUUAAGGAUGGAGAUAAAGCUUAAAGGGCCCGUCCUCGUUGCCACUACUUGCAGUGUGAACUGAUUUGAUAUGAAAAACGCCUCACUUUCUCCUUUGAUUUUGAUGUGAUGUGUCACUGGCUCUGACCCCGAGCUGGACCCUUUGAGAGCUGCUUGGCAUCGAAGGGCUGAUUGGAGUAUUUGAACUCGGUGAUCUAAUUGAGUGUUCAUGUCAUAACAUAUCAAACACUGUCUAUUCUCCCAUAAUGACCCAGCUCGGCAACGAUGGGCACAUCACCAAAAAUCGACGAAAGGAAAAAAAAAAAAGAAAGAGCAUUUCCUCCGCUGUGAAGUGGUUCAUACUUUUUUUUCUCCUGCGGAACCUCCCUUUGCGACCGCUACUUUAAUUACGGAAAAUUAUUAUUUUUUUCCUUCCCUUCUUUGAGUUCAAGCGCACUUGGUUCCUUUUGGGAUUCCUUCCACAGCAUCCCCAAAGUGUUGCGCUGCAUUAACCUACAGAAUGAACCUCAGCUGGAAGUUAUUCGGGAAUUUGCCUCCAUCAGAAGGCAGCUUUUUUUUUUUUUUUUGACGCGUAAAGUAACAGGUUUUGCAUCUUUGACGCAUUAAUUCUGCACUCAGAGACAGGUUUUAUCGAGUGCACCGACAAUCUACGGCUUCUUUAGCUUUCAAACUUUAGUGGGCAAAUGAAUUUCGCUUAUAAAAGUAGGCAGGGUGUUUCCUGGAGGUCAAAAAAGGCAAGAUCAGAAAAGAAUAACCCGAAUCUGAAAAUUACUUUUGGCACUUGGGGUAACUCAUUAAAGCGCAGAUGGUGCAGCCCGGCCUCCCUCUCUUCCUCUCUCCCUCGUUUACUCUCUCUCUCUCUCUUUCUCCAAACCUAGGCAUGGAUGACAAAAACAUGUUUUUCAUUUGUUCAAAUACAAGAUACAAGGUCAAACAAAAGUGCGCAGGAUGCCGUUUAAACCGCAAAGUUCAAUUUAUCGCAUUCUUCUCCAAUUAUCCACCUCCAGACAUGCGCGUAAUGAAAAAGUUAAGCAUUUUUUUCAACAUUACAAUGAAAUUAAGACAACUUUGUACGUUUUAAAGUGUCAGCACGAAUAUCUCUCAGUAAUCCAAACAGUCAGUCAGUCAGUCAGUCAGUCAGGCCAUGCAGGCGCGUUUGAAGCGGAAUGUUGUCGUUGGCAGGAUGGGAUGAAAUAUAAGAGGGGAAGUGCUCUAAUGAGGAUGUUGGGAAUUCAGAACUGUUAAUUAUUUGGUGAACUUGUAUUCGAUUUGUUUGAGGUCUUAUUAAAAAAAGAAUCCUAAUUCAGACCAUACGGACAAAGUCCCUGAAACGAGCACAAGGUUUUAAUCUGCCUCUACUGUUGGACUCGGCGUAGCUCAAGGAGGGAAACUGACAAACGGACUCGAGCCCUCUUUAGAGCAAGUUUUAUAACUGAUACAAAGAUAUCCCACUUCUACUAUAGAUUAAAAUCCACGAGAAAAAAAAGAGACAGAUGCUUUCAUUUUGUAAAGCCAAAAGAAAAUUACAAUUUUACGAGACAUUGGAUUUUAAACCUCACAUUUUAGGAGAAGGUAAAAAUAAAUAAAGAUAAAUUAUUUGGCUAAAUUCAACUGCUGCAAGGACCUAUCAACAAGGGGGUGAAUAUUUGACACGUGUGUUUUAUGCUGCAAAUAAUAAUAAUAAUAAAUAAUUUUUGGCCUAAAACCAAAGAGUCAAGAGUAAACAGCUGCUCACUAACUUAUUAUGAUUAUAAAUGACUGAAAUGAACAGAAAGUGUAUUAUUUUUUUGGAGUGAAUUCGUUAAGAGGACGCUGACUCCUUUCAUGCAUUGUUCCACACUGUUGCAGCUCCGUCUCAUUGGUUCGCCUUAGUGGAAUAUUUGCAGGCCUCCUGGGUCUGCGGCAGGGAAUAAUGCAUUAAUUGUGUAUUGUUCCGUUGAGUGUACAGUAUGUCGCCUUUGGUCCGUUGUGUCUGGCAGCACCCAGGGGCCUUCACAUCACUAGGCCCCUUGUUUUUCUUUUUUUUUUUUCUUCUCCCCCUUUCCCUUCCUUCUUUCUUUCUUUGCCUCACAACUCUGCAAGAGUUCCCCAAAAAGAAAACAUCUCUGAAGUUGUGACUGCUGCUCAGAUUUAAGAGCUUCUGAGGCCAUAAAGAGGGAAAAGUUCACUUCAACUCCGUCAAGAAGCUGGAAAUUAAUAAUUAAUCUGUCAUCAAGUGAAAUGAAGGCAGAGUAUGUUUCCAUUAAAACAUGCUGGCUUUGAUUAAAAGUGACAUUGCAUUACAUUUAGAUUGGAUUAUUGUCACUGCAACGAAUUUUAACACCUUUUUAGCGGAUAAAUACAUCAUAUAUUUAGACUGCUGUGGGAAAAUGUUUUGAGAAUCUCUCUGCAUAGGAAAUGAACGCCUUUGGUUUCUAAAGCAGUGAUUUUUUUAAGUGUUAUAUGCCAAAUAUAAGCAUGAAAUAUUUUACCCAGCAUCAAAAUCCACUCAGUAAACUUGCUAACUGGUCUUUAAUGAUAAAAAUGUUACGAUACCGUAAAAUCCAAGCAAAGAAACUGAACUGAACAUCUGUUUUAAAUCGAUUUCAGAGUUGGAUUAGAAAUCGAGUCUAUUGCCUGGAUUCGUCUGGAUGACAGGGUGGAUCUUAUCAAUAAUAAUAAUAAUAAACACAAUAAUAAAGGUGGUGUUAACUGAGUUUUUUCACUUGUCAGCUACAGUUUGUUUCAAGCAGGUUCAGAGUGGACAUGUGAAAAACAAGGGAAGAAAGAGAGAGAGGGGAAGGCCCCUGUGGGAGAAUGUGAGCCCCCCCUCUGAACACUGUACACCCUAAGUGAAUCUGACUGCAAUUAUUUUCUUCUUUUAUCCUUGCAGACGAUCUUUUGCACUCUCCUCUGCGAAGACAAAAGUAUCUGUUUGAUGUCUCAACCCUUUCAGACAAAGAGGAGCUGGUCGGGGCGGAAUUAAGGAUAUUUAGGAGAGCGCGCGGAGAUUUGCAGAGUUCCCUGCAGACCACAGGUCUGUACGACAUCCAGCUCUACCCCUGCCGCUCUGACAGGCUGCUGGAUUCCAGGUCUCUGGACCCACUGGAUUCCACCAAGGCCGGCUGGGAGGUUUUGGACGUGUGGGAAAUGUUUAAAGCACACCAGCAUCAUCAUCACCACCAUCACCCCCAUCAUCCUCCUCACCAUCAUCCUCACCAUCAGCAGCAGCAGGGGAACCAGCUCUGCCUCCAGCUCCGCGUCACUCUCGGAAAAUCAGACACCGAGGUGGACUUGAGGCAGCUGGGUCUGGACAGGAGCAGCCGGUCCCAGCGGGAGAAGGCCAUCCUGGUGGCUUACACGCGCUCCAAGAAGCGGGAGAACCUGUUCAACGAGAUGAAAGAGAAGAUCAAGUCGCGGAGGUCGGUGGAGGAGCAGGAGGAGGCGCUGGUGGUGAAGGCGGCGGAGGAGGGGGUGUCGCUAAGGGGGGUGAAAGGAGAGGGGCCCCGGCGGCGGAGGAGGACGGCGCUGAGUAACCGGCACGGGAAGCGGCACGGGAAGAAGGCCAAAUCUAGGUGCAGUAAAAAGGCGCUGCACGUGAAUUUCAAAGAGCUGGGCUGGGACGACUGGAUCAUCGCGCCCCUGGAUUACGAGGCAUACCACUGCGAGGGGGUGUGUGACUUCCCUCUCAGGUCGCACCUCGAGCCGACCAACCACGCCAUUAUACAGACGCUCAUGAACUCCAUGGACCCCAAUAGCACCCCACCUAGCUGCUGCGUCCCCACCAAACUCAGCCCCAUCAGCAUCCUGUACAUAGACUCAGGCAACAACGUGGUGUACAAACAGUACGAGGACAUGGUGGUGGAGCAGUGUGGGUGCAGGUAG